AUGUCAAAGAUUGUGCCGAAUAUCUGCAAGAGUAAAAAGGUUUUCCAGUGUGACACUUGUGGAAAAGUCUUUAAGUGGAAGUCAUUAUUAAAUGGACAUCUGAAGGUGCACACAGAGCUCCCACAGCGACAUGUCUUUAUCAAGGAAGUGUUUCCUGCGGACCUGCUGGAGAGGAACCCCAGUCCAGACCAAGAGGAGCCAGAACCUCCACAGAUUAAGGAGCAGCAGGAGGGGCACUGCAUCGAGCUCCCAGUGCAACACUUUCUUAAUGAGGAAAAGCUUCCUGCUGACCAGCAGCUCUGGAACCUUGAGAGGAACCCCAGUCUGGACCAAGAGGAGCCAGAACCUCCACAGAUUAAAGAGGAGGAGGAGGAGCACUGCAUCGGUCUGGAAGUAGAGCAGCUUGUACUGAAGCAGGAGGAUCAAGAUAACCUUUUGUUGAAUCCUACUCUCAAGGAAAGUGACCACAGUGAACCAGAACCAAGUGACCACCAGCUCCUCUCCCACAGCUCAGCUCAGAGCCAAGAUCUCAACGGAGGCCAGCAUGGAAACUCAACAUCAGUUAGUAAUGCAGAGCCGGCAUCAGAAAAGGGACAUCAUGUCAUCACAAGAGCAAAAGGGAGCACAAGUCCCAGUAACCUUGCAUGUAGCACUACCAUGUCAAAGAUUGUGCCGAAUAUCUGCAAGAGUAAAAAGGUUUUUGAGUGCGACACUUGUGGAAAAGUCUUUAAGGGGAAGUCAUUAUUAAAUAGACAUCUGAAGGUGCACACGGGUGAGAAAUCAUAUCUUUGCAAAACCUGUGGAAAAAGAUUUGGUUACAAGUUAGCACUAAAAACACAUUUGAGACUCCACACAGGUCAGAACCUGUAUUCUUGCGAAAGGUGUGAAAAAAGUUUCACAACUAGCACAAAUUUGAAGGUCCACGAGAGAACGCACACGGGCGAGAGACCUUUUUCUUGCAAAACUUGUGGGAGAAGUUUUAGCCUGAGAACUACCCUGCAGAGACACGAGAGAACGCACACGGGGGAGAAGCCUUUUUCUUGCAAAACUUGUGGGAGAAGUUUUAGCCAGAGAAAUAUCCUGAAGGGACACGAGAGAACGCACACGGGGGAGAAACCUUUUACUUGCAAAACUUGUGGGAGACGUUUUAGCCAGAGAAAUACCCUGAAGGGACACGAGAGAACGCACACAGGCGAGAAACCUUUUACUUGCAAAACUUGUGGGAAAAGUUUUACCCGUGUAAAUUACAUGCAUGCCCACGAGAGAUCACACACGGGCGGGAAACCUUUUUCCUGCAAAACUUGUGGGAGAAGUUUUAUCCAGAGAUAUUCCCUGCAGAGACACGAGAGAACACACACGGGCGCGAAACUUUUUUCCUGCAAAACUUGUGGGAAAAGUUUUACAACUGGAGAUGUCCUAAAGACACACGAGAGAACUCACACUGGCGAGCUUCAAAUCUCAAGAUGAAUUUCCAUCACACUAGCUAGCCGUUAACUUGUUUUCACGUGUUUCUAAACAAACAAUUUGGCUCAGCAACUUUGUUCUGCUUCUACAAAAAGAGAUAAACAUGAUACCUAUGGAGAAAUGGUUUAAUUAAGCCUUUUUUUUGGAAUGACCAGAAGGGGGCAGUAUAAUACACAGGUGUCUGCUGGACAUGGACAACCUUCCUUGUUGAUAAAGUUCCUCGUCAGAGCUGGUUCAGGUUUGUCCUCGUCUGCUUUCUACAGCGGAACAACAAAGAAUUUCAAGUCAUAAAUGGAAAUGGGGAAAGUAUUGUUUCAAAACUUCUCACAGAAGUAAUAAGGGAAUAAUGUCACAGUGAAAAAUAAGAUUAAAAACAGACGGAAACAUACGUUUCAUAGAAAUACAAUUUCUUCAUCCGAUUAAAAAGUUGUUACACUGAGUCACUUUGUAUUUCUGAUUUGUGGAAAUAUGUUUGUAUAGAAGUGAAACUGUUGUGGCAGCAUUGUGUGUUUCUUUUUUUUGUCAUGAUCAGUGUGAAAUAAAAGUGAUUUUCAAAGUAGUUGACCAAAA